CACAUAUAAUUUAAUAUUUAAAUUAUUAGUAGUUAAUCUAAUAAAUGCUAGAUUGCUAGGAAAUAGGUCAGUAAAUAACUUUGAUUAGAUUUAGUUAGAAAAGUGGAACUGUUAUGGGCAAUACUCUCAAGUUCAAUAGCAUAACCACCUUGUUUUAUGUGUAGAAAUUAAAUUGUUUUGUACAUGAUAAUAUAAUCAGAGUGAUCAGUUAAGAUGACCCAAGUGAAAUCCGUACUUUGCGUGGGCUGCACGGUAAUCGACUUUGUGACCAUCAAUGGCAGUUAUCCCAAGGAGGACACCGAUCGACGUUGCCUGGAUGGCUUUUGGCAACGUGGCGGCAACGCCUCCAAUGUGAGCACAGUUCUCCGGGUUCUCGGCUCCAAGGUGGACUUCUUUGGAAUGCUCAGCAAAUCGGAGGCAUUUCGAGUGCUCCUCGAGGAUCUGCGAAAACGGAAUAUCGGCACGAAGAAUUGUCCCUUUACGGACAGGGAUCCGCCCUUCUCUUCGGUGAUCUUGGCCCAGGAUUCCGGCACACGCACUAUUAUCCACUGCAACAAGGAUUACCCGCAGAGCACCUAUGAAGACUUUAGCAAAAUUGAUCUUUCGGAGUACGGAUGGGUGCACUUUGAGGCCCGCAACACGCCACACACCUUAAAAAUGAUGCAGAGCAUCCGGGAACACAACAAAAGGACUGGGCAGCGCAUCAUCAUCUCAUUGGACCUGGAAACGAGGUACGAACAGAACCAGGAGCUGUGCCAGCCCUGUGACUUUGUGGUCUUCUCCAAGGAGCUGGCCGGCCAGUUGGGCUGGCAGACGCCGCGGCAAACGUGUGAGGAGCUGGCGGCUAAGAUUCCCGAAAACGACCCGAAACCCGUCUUCAUUUGUCCCUGGGGAAGUGCCGGAGCUGGAGCCUUGGAUGCCAAUGGUAACUACCACGAAAUGACUCCCUAUAAGCAGGAUAAAGUGGUGGACACGCUGGGAGCAGGAGACAGCUUCAUGGCCGGGUUCAUAUUCGCCACUUUGGAGGGUCUAAAAAGUGUGGCGGAAGCUGUGGACUUUGCCAACCGAGUUGCCAGUCACAAAAUCACUGGUUUCGGCUACGACCAUAUUGCACAACUCAGCUUGAACCGAAAUUAAUUGAUUGCAGCCUU